AUGGCGGAAAAGCGACGAGCAUCUGGACGCGCGCGAGAUGCGAAACGACGAAAGACGCUACCCAAAGCACCCACGCCAAAAGACCCGACACCGUCAGAAGCCACGCCAGUGGUCGAAGAGAUAGUACGAGAAGCGACACCUUUGCCGAACAAAGUCGUAGACUCGAAGCCUCUACCCACCCUCUCUGAGCGCCAAAGCAUCAACCUGUCCAACGAUGAGUACAAGUCGAUUGCAGAGAGCGGAGUGCUGCUAGCAUCGCUAGAGGGAUCGCGACAGAAAUGGGUCUCUGGUACCUUUUUCGAUAAAUACUGGACCAAGACGUCGGGAAGGAAAGAUGCGCCGCCUGCGCCACCAGGCAAUCCACACAAGUCAUGGAUGAAGGAGAUUGGGCCAUGUACGUUGGUAGUCGAGCCCUUGAUCUUCGAGGCCACGGCAUACUACGUCAAGGAACCAGGCCCAGCACCUUCGUCGUCCUCAUCACAUCCACCUCCUCAACAGCAGUUCCAACAGCAACAGUACCAGCACCAGUACCAACAUGCUCCUCCCCAGCAGUACAACCAACAACAACCACGACCCAAUCCUAAUGCCCCAGCCGGCAGUCCCUACGGAGCCCCAUACUCAUCACAUUCUUCCUCACAAUACCAGGGCCGUCCUCACCCUCCACCCAUCAUGCCCGCCACUGCUCGAGCUAUACCACCUCCCCCUGCUGCACCCGCGCCCGCCAAACAGUCGCCCGACCCCGUCAUUCAGAUGCUCGCUUCACGCGCGAGUAGCGAUCCUGAGCUCAAAGCGCUCAUGAAGAUUGUAGCCACGGGCAAUGCAAAUCAAGAGCAGUUGCGCAUCUUCCAGAGACACAUAGACGAGUUGACGGCAAUGAUCAAUGCCAACAAGGCCCAGCCUAACAGCCAGACGAACUCUCCCGCUCCACCACCACAACAUGCUCAAUCGCGACCACUCUCAGCCGCUCCCGUCAUCAAACCACAUCCUGCUACGGUACAGCCACAUCCUCCCAUAUACCCCAUGCCUCAACAACAGCAUCCGCAAUAUCAACACCAACCAGCUCCACCACCAAGAUAUCCCAGCUAUCCUAUCGUACUCGAGUUUCAAGGUCCAGGUGCCUCGCCCGACCGCUUCCGCUUCCCAGAAUAUACCAUCCUCGAAUUUCUCAAUUCCUACAAGAUGCUCGCAUCAUUUCUCGUCAUCCGCAAAGGCAAAGACGUCAGUCCUCAACUCGACCCAGAAACAGAGUACUACGAGCCUGUCACCAUGACAAUCAGCGUGUCCGAAGCUCGCUCUCCCACAAGAGAUGUCCUACAAUUCAUCACUCGCUGUGUGAAGCCUGCCGAUCAGGUCCGCAACUACAUGACAGACAAGAUUGAGAAGUGCACGCGCGCUCCUACUAGAUAUCUUGCUUUUAGACUACCGUACAAGAGCGGUAUAGUCGAGACAGAAGAGGAAGUCCCUGUGGUGCAAGAAGUCAAGCCCAAGCCUAAGCCCGCGCCUAGGAAGAAGAAGGAAGAUAAAGAUAAUGAGCAGGCAGGAGAGAAGGAUUCGGCCAAGGCUGCUGUACCAGCUCCUAAUGGCGUGGACGCUACGCCAGGUGCGACACAAGAGCCACCAGCCACUGCUCCUGCUGAAGCCUUGACAAACCCUCAAACUGGUACAACCGAAGCGCAGCCUUCUGCUGCUGUGCCUCUGCCUGCCAGUACAGAGCCUCCUCAGCCUGCAGAAGCACCAGCGAUGGACAACGCAACUGCAAAGCGCAAGAAGUCUGUCCGCAUCUCAGAAGUACCUGAGAUAGCCAAUGUUGGUAACGUUGAUACCACAACAGCAACUGUGGAACCAGAUGUUACGACCACAACCUAG